CAAAAUGAAUAACAAUGAAGAACAGAUACGUCUGGUGCUGAAACUGUUGGAGGCACUAACAUCCCCUGAUAAAACAAAAAGUGAUAAAAUGGCUACAGCAAGCAAUAAUACAGAAGAAAACGGAUUUGACUUGUUGUUGAAAACUAAUUUGACUUUGUACAGAGAACUACUCAAGACAGAUAAGUAUCAAAAUUUGCGAAUUAUGUUGGAUGGCUCAGUUCCCAUGGAAACUGGAAUUGACACUUGUAGGUGGCAUUUUGUAUGCGCAUGCUUGGAAACUUUGACAAUGCUACAGAAAUCAAUUUCGAUAGCAAUGGAAGAGUUCACCAAAAAGAUCAAAGAGAAUCCUUUGCCAGAGUUGAGACCAGGACAAGCACCACCAUUGUCACCUGAUAACCUGAGCAUUGGUCAUCACAAAAUGGUGCUGACCACAAUUCAGUUUGUGGUAAUUCUGGGGAUCAGUCCAAAGCUUGACUUUGGUGUUGGUAUUCCUAUGGAGAGAAGGUCAGAAUUUGCCAAACUUUUACUUGAAUCUUCUAAACCAGAGCAAACAUCUAAGGAAAGCAGAAAUGUAUGUUUGUUUUCUUGUAUAAGAGUGUUUAUGACAUUGUUAGAUAUUCCUUCCAUUGCUGGUCUCCUCCUCUCCAGACAUCUAAAUGACUUACUGGCUUCUCUUUUAAUGUUGCUGCAUGGCUUUCCCAACUAUGAAGAAGUAUCUGGAACUGUCAAAGAUGAAAAAUCAGUAGGAAUCACAACACCAGAAUCCAAAGUAGAUAGUUCAAGUUUGGCUACUAGCAUUGCACCCUCCCAAUGGACACCUGCCUCUGUUGUUGACAUGGUAAUAGGGAAGCAGUCAAAUUCUGCAGACAAAGAGGAUCUUAUUGUAGUUGACAAAGAAUCAUCUGAGGGUGAGGAACCUAAUGAGGGGAAUUGUCCUAAGGAGGGAUCCAGUGACAAGGAAUACAAAGAAUUACAUAGAAAGGAACCCAUUAACAAGACAGGGUUACUUGGACACAGGGAACUACAUUUGUGUGAAACAUGGUUACAACUGUUAUUGGAAAAGGCUCACCCACAAAUGCUUGUCCGUGAACUUCUCUUACUACAAAGUGGAGCUCCUGCCCCACCCAAACAGGUUGGCACUUCAAAGAAAAAGUGGGCUUCCCCAGUCUGGCUUAGAAAGGUGUGUGGACGUCUGCUUACCAACAUUCUCAUGAAACCCAAGGGAGUCAUCCAUGUCCUACAGGGCAUGCUAGAGGGUCCUGGAAGGGAGAAGGGAAAGUCAACAGCUUCUGAUUGGAAGAAAUGUGAUGCGGUUGCCAGGGUGAUUGCCUGUUGUCCAAUGUCCUCUGCCUCAGUGGAGGACUACUACGCGCUUGUUUCACCGCAGAUUUUGCUGCUGCUACAUCAUCCUGACAGUCAGGUAUGUCAGGAGUUCCUCAGGGUAGCCUGUACUACUAUAGCAAGGAUGAUGGCCCAGCAGCCGGACCUUACCAGGAAGUAUUUGUUAUCUCCCCUGAUGGAACCAUUGGAGAGGUGCUCCGAGCUGAAAGCCAUCACACCAGAAAAGCAGCGCUUGGUUCAGGAAAAAGAGCUAACCACAUGCCUGGAGGAUUUAUAUAAGGUAUUUGUGUCUGGAUGUGAACCAAGCACCCCUCUGAUGACUUGCCUGGUACCUGUGAGCCACACCAUUUUUUUCCUGCUAUGCUACACCAAGAAAGGUGUGUCCCAUUUAAGCCGUAUCUGUGAGGAAAUCUUAGUUUCCCUACUGAAGGCGUUAGAUAAGGAGGAGGCAAUAGCCUGUUUGCACCAGUGGAUCCUUCAGACAGAACAACUGGAAAGUAGAAAGACUGACAAUGAGUUCUCCCUGACUAAGACACAUCCUGAUGUACGAUUUUCUGCUGGAGACAGUGGAGGAGUCACUGUCUUUAUCAACAGUAUGGACAGUAACCAUGGUGAUGAGGGAGCAGUGACUACUGAAAUGAUGACUGCCGCUGCUGUAGCAAUCCUGAAAGAGUUAGAGAAGAAUGGGUUGACUGGUGAUUUCUUUCUGGCACUGUUAAUGGAGUUGACUGAUAUUAUCAAUCAAGAGAUCCAUGGAGACAUUAGUUUAACACUGAACACAAAACAGGAUAGACAAGACCUCAUGGAAGCCGAAAUCAGAGAGAAACAGAUAGCAGAUAGUUUCCAACGCAAAGUGUCUGUUCUGAAUCUGCUGGCAGCCAUCUGUGAAGAAAUAGGACCAUCAUGUCUUAAAAACACCCAGCAGACCCUCAAGUUUGUACAGGUGACUCUUGAGAGAGGUGUACAAGUAUGCAAGAACACUUGUGAUGACAUUCUAGGGGCAUUUGAGAGUGAGACGCUCACUAUGGCGAUGGGCAUGCUCACUGCUGUACUUACUGGUACUAUAAAGAUCACUGAGGAUGACAGAGAAUACAUGAAGAAAUUAAUGCCACUUUUAGAAGAUAUCAGCUCAAACCAUCCUGACAACACCAUACAGGAAAUGGCCUCUGAUCUCAGAGUUGCCAUCGCAACACAUGGUGUGAUCUGGUCUGAGCUACUGAAGAGUAGUGCAAAGGGAGAGAAGCAGCAGAAAUUUUCAAGCAAACAGGAAUCUCAAAGUACUGAAGAAUUUAAACCAGACAAGAAACCUUUGGUGGAAGUUAUAAGUGAAACUUCUGAAGAAUACCUUCCCAAGCCACCUCUGAGUCUACCAACUCUGGAGCAAGUUUCUAGUGAAAAAAAAAUAGAUGCUGAAAGGAAAAGUCAAAAGCAUACUGCUUCAAAAUUAAGCACUGGUACAGGGAAAGAAUCAAUGGAAGAGAUGUCAGCAUUAUGUCAAGCAUUUGAGGAACUCCAUGAUCCACUCAUUCCUGUCAGGGGACAUGCAUUAAUUACAAUGAACAAACUGAUACAGAAGAAAGAUCCAGAAGCAGUAGAGAAAAUGCAGAUUCUGUUGAAUGUUUUUAAGGAAAAUCUGCAUCACCCAGACUCUUACCUAUAUUUGUCUUCGGUGAAUGGAUUAGUGUCAUUGGUAGACAAGUUCCCAGAUGUAGUGAUCCCAGUCCUGACUGAAGAAUUCCUGGCAGGAACUAACGGUGCACAGUCCCUGCAAGGGGAGAGAACAAGACAAGCUAAUGACAGGAUUAAAGUUGGAGAGUGCCUUGUUCAGACGUCAAGGAAAUUAGGUGACAUGGCCCCCCAUUACCGGGACAAACUACUGACAACAUUCCUGCAAGGAUGCAAGGAUGUUGAUCCCCUUAUUCGUGCCAGCAGUCUCUCAAAUCUGGGUGAACUUUGUAAAGUAUUACGCUUCUCUGUUGGAAACUAUAUUCAUUUGAUUUUGAACUGUGCUUGUGUAUUGCUGAAGUCUGACCCCAGCACAGAGGUGAGACAGGCUGCUGCCAUGAUGGUAUCCCUACAACUAGAAGGCCUGGGAAAAGAUUUACUUAAGGUUCUGGAGUCAGCUGUUCGUGAUUUGUACAGGACACUAAGGCAAUGCAUGGUGACAGAAAAAGAAGACAGUGUUAAAAUGCAGAUCACCGUUGCACUGAACACUCUGGAUUCAAUUACCAGGGAAGUUAUGUUCCCUACACAAACACUGGAAAAGAAGAUCAGAAUUUUGGAUACAAAUUAAACUUGAUUGAUUGUAAAUUCAUUGCA